UAAUAGAUAUUAAAUUAUUAUUAUACUACUAUCAAUGAAAAUGCAAAGUUGAAUUGGUAUUCCUCAUCUAAUAGUUCUGAUAUAGAGCUGUCAAAUUCUACCGCCCCAUCUCAUCCAACCAGAAUCCUGAAAUGGAAGCUGAAAAAGUGGUACAUAAUGGAGGGUGCCAUUGUAAGAGUGUCAGAUGGAAAGUGAUUGCUCCUUCCAGUGUGGUGGUAUGGGACUGCAACUGCUCAAACUGCUACAUGAGAGGCAAUACUCACUUUAUUGUACCUGCUGACAAAUUUGAGCUCUUGGGAGAUUCUGCUGAGUUUCUUACAACUUACACGUUUGGCACUCACACUGCAAAGCACACAUUCUGUAAAAUAUGUGGUAUAACUUCAUUCUAUUAUCCACGUUCAAAUCCAGAUGGGGUUGCUGUUACAUUCAGGUGUGUUGACCCCGGAACAUUGACAGAUGUUGAAAUCAAGAAUUUCGAUGGGAAGAAUUGGGAACAGUCAUAUAAUGAGACAGGUAUUUCUGCAUGUUCAAAGGUGCAGAAGUAACUACCAUAACACCGGGGGAUACAUAUUAGUUGAUAUCAUUAGCACGUUUUGUAUGAAGUUUUAUUAAUAAAAGUGUUGUGUGUGUUGAUGUAGUGUAACUAUAGUAGUUUAAAAUUUGUGCAUUGUUGAUGACAAUGUAUGGCCACUGUUUCACUUCAGUUAUUUGAAUGAUAUAUCAAAGUCAAAACACCUAAUAAAGUAGAUGGUUGGUUACAUGUCACUCUUUCAAGUAACAUUUCUA